AUGUCCACCGCCAAUCCCUCCGACACCGACACGGCGUCCCCGCCAACACGUCCCACCAUCACGCUCCCGCCUCGUCCUUCCGUCGAAGCAUUCUUCGCUGGUGCCGCUAGUCCAGGACCGAUGACACUGGUUUCAAGCUUCUUCGCUACUGAAUCCGCCACUUUCUCUCAGCUUCUCGCCGGAGCUAUGGCUUCUCCGCUUGCGUACUCCUCCGCCGCCACGGAGAAUUACUUUGUUAAGGAAGAUGAUGUGGUGAAUAGGAACUCGGGGUUUAAACAGAGUCGACCGAUGAACUUGAUUGUUGCGCGGUCGCCGGUUUUUACUAUUCCGCCUGGUUUGAGUCCUUCCGGGUUUCUGAAUUCGCCUGGAUUCUUUUCUCCACAGAGCCCCUUUGGGAUGUCACACCAACAGGCUUUAGCACAGGUUACAGCUCAAGCUGUCCUAGCACAAUCUCAUAAUAUGCAAAUGCAACCUGAAUAUCAGCUGGUCUCAUUAGAACCUCCCACCGAACAAAUGGUAGAGCAGCCGUCUUUUACUCGAAAUGAAGCUUCGGAGCAGCAAGUGGCAGCACCAGUAUCAGAAUCUAGAAAUGCUCAAAUGGAAACGUCCGAGGUUACACAUUCUGAUAAGAAAUAUCAACCACCUUCCCUACCGAUUGACAAACCUGCAGAUGAUGGCUACAACUGGCGCAAGUAUGGACAGAAGCAGGUUAAGGGGAGUGAAUAUCCGCGGAGCUACUACAAAUGCACGCAUCUGAAUUGUCCCGUGAAGAAAAAAGUUGAGCGUGCCCCUGACGGUCACAUAACUGAAAUUAUCUAUAAAGGCCAGCAUAAUCAUGAGAAGCCUCAGGUAAAUAGGCGUGUCAAAGAAAAUAGUGAUGUGAAUGGAAAUGCGAACGUUCAAACUAACUCAAACUCACAAGGUUGGUUUGGAAAUUCAAACAAAACUAGUGAAAGUCUACGUGAUUGUUCGGUGCCUGAAAGUGACCUAAUAUCCAAUCAAGGGGCUUCUAGGCCACUACCGGGAUCAUGUGAAAUUGUGGAAGUGGAUGAUGCAGACAAUAAGGAAGAGGGAGGCGACUCUGGGCCAAACCCAAAGAGAAGGAGCAUUGAAGCGGUGGUUCCUGAAGCACCUGCAUCUCAGAAGACUGUCACAGAACCCAAAAUCAUUGUGCAAACAAGAAGUGAAGUUGAUCUUUUAGAUGAUGGCUACAGAUGGAGAAAGUAUGGUCAGAAAGUGGUGAAGGGAAAUCCUCAUCCAAGGAGUUAUUACAAAUGCACCAGUGCAGGAUGCAAUGUGCGCAAACACGUUGAGAGAGCAUCAACAGACCCAAAAGCUGUCAUAACCACAUACGAGGGAAAACAUAAUCACGAUGUCCCUGCUGCUAGAAACAGCAGCCACAGCACAGCUAAUAGCAAUUCAAUGCCAUCAAAGCCACAGGCUAGAGUGCCAGAAAAGCAUCCUUUGCUUAAAGAUAUGGAGUUCGGAAACAACGAUCAGAGACCUGUACAUUUACGCUUAAAAGAAGAGCAAAUCAUAGUAUAA